AACUUAUGACAAGAGAUAUAAUCAUCUGAAUCCUGUAUUAAAUAGACAGCCAGUAAUACAACUACUUAGUCUAAUCCGAACUUUAUUCUCUGAAUGCUGGACUGGACGUGAGGUCCUGACAUUAUUUGUUUAGUGACGGAUUUUCAGACUGUAGUGAGUUUAAAAAAGAAACACCACAGUGAGAGAUGGAUCGUUCUCGAGGUCUCAUUGUGCUUGGGCUGGUUGUCUGGUUCCGUGUCUAUGGCGCCCUCUCCUGCCCAGUGCGCUGCACAUGCCACUUCGGCAUUGAGUCCAUCGAGGCUGUGUGUCCAGACGCGGAGCUGUCCAGUUACCCAGCCGCUGGUCUCCCGGCCAGCACCACCUCCCUAACCAUCCAGUUCACAAACCUCAGCAGCAUCUCUGCCCAUGACCUGGGAGCCACACCACUUCUUCAAGAGCUCCACCUACCAGGGAACAGACUCAGCAGCUUACCGGAGAACCUGUUUACCGGUCUCAAUCACCUGCAUACCGUAGACCUAACAGGUAACCAGCUACAAGAGUUGCCCGCUCGGGUGUUUUAUCACGCCCCACUCCUCAACCUGGUCCUCAAAGACAACCGUCUCAGUAGCGUCGAUGCUGACGUGCUUCCUACCAACAGCAAUCUCACAUGGCUCGACCUGUCAGGUAACAAGCUGAAGAAAAUCCCCUCAGCUCUGCUCCAGAGGCUGAACCGCCUAGAAACUCUGCACCUCUCUCAGAACCUGUUAGAGUCCAUUCCAUCUGAGACCUUCCACUCCCUCCAUGCUCUAGAGAGACUUCACCUGGAAGAGAACAAACUCCAGUCGCUGGACACCAAGGCAUUCGGUCACAACUCGAGCCUGACUCACUUGUUCCUUCAGAAGAACAAGCUGCAGUCUCUCCCAGCCAUGGUCUUCCACGGCCUUGACCGGCUGCAGUACCUGGACCUCUCAGAGAACCAGCUCACAUUCCUGUCACCUGGCACCCUGGGAUUGGGGAUCAGCGUGGUGGAGUUGACCUUUAACCCGUGGCACUGCGACGCUAAAAUAGAGUACCUGUGGAAGAGGCUCAAUAACGUGGCGGUGCAGUCGGAGCCGAGAUGCGCUUCACCCGAAGCUCUGAAGGACAAAGCGAUCGUGGAACUUACACGCAAAGAGCUGGGCUUGGCAGACUGAAGGAAGAAAGGAUAAUGAAGGAGGAAUGGAGAAGGAAGAAUGUUGGAAAUGUUGAAAUCAGUGACGAGCAGAAGCGAGAAAUAAACGAAUAGCAUUAGAAAAUCAAGAACAGCGAAGACAAAGUAACUUCAGCUUGUGUUUAGCAGUAUAAUGAUAAAAGAAAUGAUUUGAAGAUGACAAAAAUAAAUGACUGUAUGAUAA